ACACACACUCCCCGAGGAUGAGUUCCUCAUCGUGCUACAGGACGUGGGUAAGAAGGACUGGACACACACACACACACCACACCACACACACACCACACACCACACACACUCCCAGAGGAUGAGUUCCUCAUCGUGCUACAGGACGUGGGUAAGGACUGGACACACACACACCACACACCACACACACACACACACACCACACACACUCCCCGAGGAUGAGUUCCUCAUCGUGCUACAGGACGUGGGUAAGAAGGACUGGACACACACACCACACCACACCACACACCACACACACUCCCAGAGGAUGAGUUCCUCAUCGUGCUACAGGACGUGGGUAAGGACUGGACACACACACACCACACCACACCACACACACACCACACACCACACACACUCCCAGAGGAUGAGUUCCUCAUCGUGCUACAGGACGUGGGUAAGAAGGACUGGACACACACACACCACACACACUCCCCGAGGAUGAGUUCCUCAUCGUGCUACAGGACGUGGGUAAGAAGGACUGGACACACACACACACACACCACACCACACACACACCACACACCACACACACUCCCAGAGGAUGAGUUCCUCAUCGUGCUACAGGACGUGGGUAAGAAGGACUGGACACACACACACACACCACACACCACACACACUCCCAGAGGAUGAGUUCCUCAUCGUGCUACAGGACGUGGGUAAGAAGGACUGGACACACACACGCCACACACACCACACACACACCACACACCACACACACUCCCCGAGGAUGAGUUCCUUAUCGUGCUACAGGACGUGGGUAAGAAGGACUGGACACACACACGCCACACACACCACACACACACACCACACACCACACACACUCCCCGAGGAUGAGUUCCUUAUCGUGCUACAGGACGUGGUAGCCGGUAUGAACCAUCUCAGAGAGUACGGCAUCGUGCACCGUGACAUCAAACCAGGCAACAUCAUGCGUGUCAUCGGCGAGGACGGGAGGUCCGUCUAUAAACUGACUGAUUUCGGAGCAGCCAGAGAACUAGAUGACGAUGAGCAGUUUGUCUCUCUUUACGGCACUGAGGAAUAUCUGCACCCUGACAUGUAUGAGCGUGCAGUGCUGAGGAAAGAGCACCAGAAGAAGUAUGGAGCGACGGUUGACCUGUGGAGCAUCGGAGUCACCUUCUUCCACGCUGCCACCGGGUCACUCCCCUUCAGACCCUUCGAAGGACCACGCAGGAACAAGGAAGUCAUGUAUAAAAUCAUCACAGAGAAGCCAUCAGGAACCGUCUCUGGGCAGCAGAAGUUUGAGAACGGGAAGAUUGAGUGGAGCACAGAGAUGCCUGUCUCCUGCAACCUGUCCAAGGGCCUCCAGAGCUUGCUGACCCCAGUCCUAGCUAACAUCUUGGAGGCUGACCAGGAGAAAUGUUGGGGCUUUGACCAGUUCUUUGCUGAGACCAGUGAUAUCCUGCAUCGUACCGUGGUGUUGGUCUUCAGUCUACAGCAGGCUACUCUCCACUACAUCUACAUCCACCAGUACAAUACGGCGACUCUCUUCCAGGAGCUGUUGUCUCGUCGGUGCAGUAUCCCGGUCCACAACCAGGAGCUCCUGUACGAGGGGCGACGCCUACAGCUUGAGCCCAACCGCCAAGCCCAGACCUUCCCGCGGACCUCCAGAGACAACCCCAUCAUGCUGCUCAGCAGAGAGUCCGUAGCUACAGUGGGGCUCAUCUUCGAGGACCCGAGUCCUCCUAAAGUCCAGCCUCGCUACGAUCUGGACCUGGAUGCCAGCUAUGCCAAGACGUUUGCAGGAGACGUGGGCCACCUGUGGAAGACCUCAGACUCCCUGUUGGUUUGUCAGGAGCUGGUCAGGAAGGGAGUCAGGGGACUGAUUGAGUUGAUGAAGGAGGACUACAGCGAGAUGGUACAUAAGAAGUCAGAGGUCAUCCACGUCUGUCACUACUGCUCUCAGAUCCUGGAGAGGACAGAGCAGCUGUACGAGGUGUUAAUGCAGGCCAAUAUGUUGUCGUCGUCAGAAUACGAUGAGAUCUCAGACAUGAGGAAGAAAAUAGUCCUUAUCUCUAACUCCUUAGUCCCCAUGGAACAGACGGUUCAGGACAUCAAGAGUAAGUUCCUGUCAGGUGGUGUUCUGACGGACAGCUGGACUCAAGCUGGAACACACCCUGAAGACAGGAAUGUUGAGAGGAUCAAGGUUCUCCUGGACUCCAUUACAGCCAUCUACCACCAGUUUAAGAAGGACAAGGCUGAGAGACGUCUGCCGUACAACGAGGAACAAAUACACAAAUUUGACAAACAGAAGCUGGUGUUCCAUGCCACCAAGGCCAGGUCUCUGUUUACAGAGGAGUGUGCCAUGAAGUACCGCCUCUUCAUCUCUAAGAGCGAGGAGUGGAUGAGGAAGGUGCAUCACGUGAGGAAGCAGCUGAUUGGUCUAACCAGCCAAUUCAACAGCGUGGAGAAAGAAGUUUCCAUGGUGAUGGAGAGAGUUAUUAAGCUACAGGAGCAGUUACCUGGUAAGGUGCUACCUCUGGCAUCCAGUGGUAUGGUGAAGCCUCAAGCCUACCUCAGCCAGAGCACCUUGGUAGAGAUGACCCUGGGGAUGAAGAAGCUGAAGGAAGAGAUGGAGGGGGUAGUAAAGGAGUUGGCGGAGAACAACCACUUCCUGGAGAGGUUUGGCUCUUUGACAUUGGAUGGAGGAAUGAGAAGUGUGGACCGUAUCUGAGACCAUGUGGCCCCUCGCUACACCCUACACCUUCACCCAACCUCCAUACUCACCCUACACCUUCACCCAACCUCCAUACCCACCCUACACCUUCACCCAACCUCCAUACCCACCCUACACCUUCACCCAACCUCCAUACCCACCCUACACCUUCACCCAAAUUCCAUACCCACCCUACACCUUCACCCAACCUCCCUACCCACCCUACACCUUCACCCAACCUCCAUACCCACCCUACACCUUCACCCAACCUCCAUACCCACCCUACACCUUCACCCAACCUCCAUACCCACCCUACACCUUCACCCAAAUUCCAUACCCACCCUACACCUUCACCCAACCUCCAUACCCACCCUAAACCCUCCCCCCUGACUCUCAACCCACCCUAAACCCUCACUCGUCAACUCUCACCCACCCUAAACCCUCACUCGUCGACUCUCACCCACCCUAAACCCUCACUCGUCGACUCUCACCCACCCUAAACCCUCACCCCUCGACUCACCCACCCUAAAUCCCCACCUCAAUCCACUUUCUAGACCAGGGGUCUCCAACCUUUUCAAGCAUGAGAGCUACCUUCAAAUAGACCCGUUGUUCUCCUCUCCCUGCAACUCUUCCCCGGGUCCUUAGUGUACAAGAGACACUAUGUUUUCCCCGGGUCCUUAGUGUACAAGAGACACUAUGUUUUCCCUGGGUCCUUAGUGUACAAGAGACACUAUGUUUUCCCUGGGUCCUUAGUGUACAAGAGACACUAUGUUUUCUGUCGAUAUACCUGGUAAAACAAUGGUUAAUAAACAUUAAAGGGGGCCCUAUAAAAUCUGAUGUAUUUUUUUCUCCCAGAUCCUUCUGUUUUCUGUUUUCCUAUAUUCUGUUUUCUCAGUUGAUGUAUUUAGUUUUUACUCUCAAAACGGCAUGUUCUGAGUCCGUGUCAAUGUUUAAAUCACAUCAGAAGAAACUAUUUUUAGGUUUGGAAGAAAACGAACACGUUUAGAUUUUUGGAGUGCAAUUCCCUUUUAAUUGUGCAGGAAUGUGCCGUUUUAAUGUGCCGGUCUGUGGUGGUUCAGUACUGCUGCUGCUGAUUUCAUGGCAUAGUUUACCAACAAACAAACGGUAGAUACAAAUGAUGUACUUCUUCUAGAUAAGCCUACUUUACAGUUAACAUUUAAUAUGGUUUUGGGGGAAAGUAUUUCUGUCAAUCUACAAGACAGUUAAUCACAUCAACUGGCGUUACACUGAAUGACAGACAAACACCGGACGGACGGACGCCAUAUUGCUGAAAAUGAAUUGGCAGAUAAUGUGUUAGGUUUGGCUUUUUAAUCCAAUAGUGGCUAACCAGGGGUGGGAUAAUGUCGAUGUUGCCUUGAUUAGAUAGUAGCUGGGAGCUUGCCGUGUCUCUGAUACUUAGCUAACCAGGGGUGGGAUAAUGUCGAUGUUGCCUUGAUUAGAUAGUAUCUGGGAGCUUGCCGUGUCUCUGAUACUUGGCUAACCAGGGGUGGGAUAAUGUCGAUGUUGCCUUGAUUAGAUAGUAUCUGGGAGCUUGCCGUGUCUCUGAUACUUGGCUAACCAGGGGUGGGAUAAUGUCAAUGUUGCCUUGAUUAGAUAGUAGCUGGGAGCUUGCCGUGUCUCUGAUACUUAGCUAACCAGGGGUGGGAUAAUGUCGAUGUUGCCUUGAUUAGAUAGUAUCUGGGAGCUUGCCGUGUCUCUGAUACUUAGCUAACCAGGGGUGGGAUAAUGUCGAUGUUGCCUUGAUUAGAUAGUAUCUGGGAGCUUGCCGUGUCUCUGAUACUUGGCUAACCAGGGGUGGGAUAAUGUCAAUGUUGCCUUGAUUAGAUAGUAGCUGGGAGCUUGCCGUGUCUCUGAUACUUAGCUAACCAGGGGUGGGAUAAUGUCGAUGUUGCCUUGAUUAGAUAGUAUCUGGGAGCUUGCCGUGUCUCUGAUACUUGGCUAACCAGGGGUGGGAUAAUGUCAAUGUUGCCUUGAUUAGAUAGUAGCUGGGAGCUUGCCGUGUCUCUGAUACUUGGCUAACCAGGGAUGGGAUAAUGUCAAUGUUGCCUUGAUUAGAUAGUAGCUGGGAGCUUGCCGUGUCUCUGAUACUUGGCUAACCAGGGGUGGGAUAAUGUCAAUGUUGCCUUGAUUAGAUAGUAGCUGGGAGCUUGCCGUGUCUCUGAUACUUGGCUAACCAGGGGUGGGAUAAUGUCGAUGUUGCCUUGAUUAGAUAGUAUCUGGGAGCUUGCCGUGUCUCUGAUACUUGGCUAACCAGGGGUGGGAUAAUGUCGAUGUUGCCUUGAUUAGAUAGUAUCUGGGAGCUUGCCGUGUCUCUGAUACUUGGCUAACCAGGGGUGGCAUAAUGUCGAUGUUGCCUUGAUUAGAUAGUAGCUGGGAGCUUGCGGUGUCUCUGAUACUUUCAGAAUAUUUUGCGAGCUACAAAUAGCUACUGGUAGCUGGUGAUCGACCUGUUGGAGAGCCCUGAUCUAGACCCUGACCCCUACCUGACCCCCACCUCAAUCCACUAUCUAAACCCUGACCCCCACCUCAAUCCACUAUCUAGACCCUGACCCCUACCUGACCUCCACCUCAAUCCACUAUCUAGACCCUGACCCCUACCUGACCCCCACCUCAAUCCACUAUCUAGACCCUGACCCCCCCACCUCAAUCCACUAUCUAGACCCUGACCCCCACCUCAAUCCACUAUCUAAACCCUGACCCCCACCUCAAUCCACUAUCUAGACCCUGACCCCCACCUCAAUCCACUAUCUAGACCCUGACCCCCACCUCAAUCCGCUAUCUCGACCCUGACCCCCCACCUCAAUCCGCUAUCUCGACCCUGACCCCCCCACCUCAAUCCUCUAUCUCGACCCUGACCCCCCACCUCAAUCCACUAUCUAGACCCUGACCCCCACCUCAAUCCACUAUCUAGACCCUGACCCCUACCUGACCCCCACCUCAAUCCACUAUCUAGACCCUGACCCCUACCUGACCCCCACCUCAAUCCACUAUCUAGACCCUGACCCCCACCUCAAUCCACUAUCUAGACCCUGACCCCUACCUGACCCCCACCUCAAUCCACUAUGUAGACCCUGAUCCCCCACCUCAAUCCGCUAUCUCGACCCUGACGCCUACCUGACCCCACCAGUCUACAGUCUAGACCCCUGACCCCACCAGUCUACAGUCUAGACCCCUGACCCCACCAGUCUACAGUCUAGACACCUGACCCCUACCUGACCCCACCAGUCUACAGUCUAGACACCUGACCCCACCAGUCUACAGUCUAGACCCCUGACCCCACCAGUCUACAGUCUAGACCCCUGACCCCUACCUGACCCCACACAUCUACAGUCUAGACCCCUGACCCCUAACUGACCCCACCAGUCUACAGUCUAGACCCCUGACCCCUACCUGACCCCACCAGUCUACAGACUAGACCCUUGACCCCUACCUGACCCCACCCGUCUACAGUCUAGACGCCUGACCCCUAACUGACCCCACCAGUCUACAGUCUAGACCGCUGACCCCUACCUGACCCCACCAGUCUACAGUCUAGACCCCUGACCCCUACCUUACCCCACCAGUCUAGACGCUGCAGAGAAAGGAGAAUGUUCCCUCAUCUGGCCAGUGGUAUAUAAUUCCUGUGUAUAUACAUGUGUGUUUCAUGCUGUAAAUAGUCUGAGUCUGUAAUGUGUAUUAUUAUAAAUGAGUUAUCUCUCUUCUG